ACGACUGGUUCUGCUGCUGGUGUUUCCUGUGCUGCUCCACAUGCGCACCUCCCCUCUGUCGUCCUCACAGUUCUGUUGCGCGCUGGAGAACUCAGUCAGAUGGAGGCUCCGAACUGUCUCGCAGCUCCGCAGCAAAACACAGCUGGCGUUUGUCAAAAUGUGCACGCUGAGGAUACGGUCGCUCAUUUGUUUCACUCAGCGUUUCAUAUAGACACCUGUCAGGUGGUUCUCAUUGCCUUAAAUGGUUGUCAUCAUUACUCGUGAGCUCCUGCACAAGAGGAAUAAACAGACUGCGGUAAGGCCCCACUGAAGGCUGGAAGCAUAUAACAAGUGACAAAAAACCAUGAUGAAUGGACACAUCAGGACAUAUAAAGGAUAAUUGUGUCCACAGCUUGUCCAUGGCUGAAAACGAGAAGAAAUCAGGAAGUCGAGAGGAAGUCAGGAUGCUCUUUGACUUCAGGCACACAAACAUGCCUGAAAAUCUGGAAGUCAAGUGGGUUCUCCUGUUGUCACUGACUAACCUGUGGAGCAUCUCUAAAGUCAAACUGGUUAGCUUACUGCUGGGCUCAACAGUGAUUUUUCUCAUCAUGGCUUCUUACAUCUUGACAUGGGACAAGAAAGGACUUUUGUUCAUCUCCUCACCCUCACCCUAUCAGGUCCAACCUGCUGCCAUCCUGUCGAGCACAGCAGCAGCUGAAGUUCCCUCUGAAAGGAAUUCAAUAAACAUGAAACUGCUGGUAAAGCUCAUCAGGUCUAAACUGGAAUACACACCCAGAAAGGUGCCUGAUGAAAAGCACAUCAUUGAAACUGACCCCCAUUUGUUUUCUGUAAUUCCUCGUCAGUUCCUGCUCAACAUCAAAAGCCCUUGCUGGUAUGAGGAGUUCUCCGGUGAAGUCAGGACUGAUCCAUACAAGAGGAACUUCUUUACACUGCACUCCAAGAGCUUCAAAGAUGUGUGUGACCACCUGAGGACCACCUUCCACCAGCACCUAUACCACAGAGAUGGCAAGCAGUUUCGUCUGCGCUGCUUGCCAUACUUCUACAUAAUUGGCCAGCCAAAGUGCGGCACAACAGAUUUGUUUCACAGACUGCUGCUGCUCCCAGAAGUCAGGUUCAACGUCAUGAAGGAGCCACACUGGUGGACCAGGAAACGCUUUGGUUAUUUCCAUUUCAAAGAUGGCUUCCAGGAAGUUUUUCCUGUGCAAGAUUACUUGGAUCUGUUUGACUUGGCAGCCCACAGCAUCCAAGAAGAAAUCAACAAAAAUUCAUCUGGAAGCCACCAUGCACUCCAGCUCAUAACAGGUGAAGCCAGUGCUUCCACUAUGUGGGACAACCAAGUCUGGAGCUACCUCCACAAAGACGGGGAGGAGGCAGAGCCUCCAUUCCUGGCCCAGGACUUCAUCCACACAGUCCAGCCCGGUGCAAAAAUCAUCAUCAUGCUUAGAGAUCCAGUAGAGAGACUUUAUUCUGACUACCUGUACUUUACGACGGCCAACAAGUCAGCAGAGGACUUCCAUCUGAAGGUCGUCGAGUCUGUCCAGUUGUUUCAGUCCUGCCUAUCUGAGAGGACACUUCGAUCCUGUGCCUACAGCUUGAGCCUCUCAAACACCAUGCCGGUGAGGCUAAAUUUGGGGAUAUACAUCGUUUUCUUACUGGACUGGCUCACAGUUUUCCAGAGGGAGCAGAUUUUAGUUCUUCAUCUAGAGAACUAUGCAGCCAACCGUAAUGUGACAAUCAAGAAAGUUUUUGACUUUUUGAGUGUGGGUCCUCUGUUGGAGCAAGUGGAGGAAGCACUGACCAAGCAUCCCAUGUCUAACAGACGGCGGGCAGCAGACAGGAACCUGGGUCCUAUGCUUCCAGCCACCAGAGACCUCCUCAGGGAAUUUCACCAGCCCUUCAACCAAAAACUAGCCAGUGUGCUGGACAAUGAUGCCUUCCUCUGGAGUAAUGCCUGAAGAGACAUGAGCAUGGACAAACUGUGAAUGAGCAAAAAGCUAAAACGGAGAUCCCUACUGAAAGAAUGCAUGGGUUUUUGUGAUAUUUAUUUGCAGUGAGUUACUAAUCUGCUCAAUAUAGAUACAUCCGUCACUAUAAAUAACAAUACAAUUGAAAGGAAUAUGUGUUCUAUGUUUCUGAAGCCCAUAGUUGAA